UUGUGCUGGCAUUCCAGAUCCUCCCCCAAGACAAUACACUAAUAAGAUCUAGAUUAAAAGUGUCUAUAAUCUAGAUCUAAAUGGAUUCUUCUUCGGUCAAGUACCAGCACUUUGAGCCUAACCGUGAGGUCACCCUUCAGUCAAAGAAACCCAAACUCUCUCCAGUGCUCGUGGCUGUGUUGAUAUUAACCUGUGUAGCUCUGCUCAUUACAGCUGUGCUGGCCAUUAGUAUUGGUGUGGGAAUCUCUACCACACAGCAGCAACAAGUCUCUGGACUUCAAAAUGUGUUCGUAUCGAAUAACAAGCUUGAAGGGGAGUAUUAUGGUGCCCAAGGUGGUAUUCAUUUCCAGAGUACAGUGAACGGCACCCACUUUUACUACAUAGUGAGCACGGCAGAUGGUGAGUUGAUUAUAAUGAUGGUGCAUCCGAGGGAAUCACCCAUGAUCAUGAUGGAAGUGAAUAGCACAGCCUUUCUUUUGAUGAAAAAUGAACAGGGUCCUAAUGACGAAUACGUUAUUCCCGAAAGCAGCAUGGGCACAAUGGAAUCCAUUAUGAUGGGUUACGAGAAUAUGACCACUGAAAUGCUUGAAAAGAUGGACAAUAAGACAGUUGCCAAAAAAUCCCAUGAUUCUUUGAAAAACCUUUCAAUGAGUCCGCAAGCACAACUGAUUAUCGAAGCUGCCCUGGCCCUAGGUGAUACUGGAAUUAAAGGAGAGGACUCUCAAGCUGUAAUGAAGUUCUAUGUGUUCGCUCUAAAGCUAUCGAAUGGAAGAGUUGGUGUAGACACUACUCCAACAGUGCCUAGUUAUUCAAGUAAGAGUAGUAAUCUGCGACAGAGAAGGACUGUGAAUUGUCCAAAUGGCGCUCAAUGUGGAGCAGGGCAGUGCCCCUAUCGAAAAUACGACAAUAAUUGCUUUGGGAUGUGUGGCCCAGGUUGCACUUGUUGGAGUAUAGUGUGUGGUGAUUGCUGCGUUCACAACUUCUGUGAGACACACGACCAGUGUUGUGCAGAUAGCGGUUUUUUCACCUUUACUUGCUGGAGUGUUGGUUUCACAGUAUUUUUUAAUAGCUGCUCCGAUACUUUUACUUGUUAACAGUAUUUUAUCAACUACAUUGCUGAGACUUUCAAAAUAACAGCUACUAGGCUACUUACUAGCUGACCUUGCAUGGAUAAAUUGUUUCCCUCUUUUUUACUGGCUCAUUAAUUUUUUAUAGAGAUGUUAUUUUAUGUUGUUGACAAAGGACAUGUAUGUGAACACCA